GCUUCUUCUGAGACAUAAAGGAAGGGCUAUCACGGUCAAUUUCUACAGUAAGGACUCACAAGCCAGUUGACCAGUAUAUCCUAGAACUCGUCAGGAUCGCUGCAUAGAGCACCUGGAGAUUUGUUUAGUCUUCUCGCCAAGUAAAUAUUGACAUUGGGCCAGAUAUCAUUUGAGACCAUUCCGCUCCAUUUCAAUUUCUCAAAUUCCUUCAACGUUGUCAAUUGCAUUUCUGCUGCCACUUUCUCUGAGAGUCAGGAAACGACUCCAACCGAAGGCUGUAGGGUGAACCUACCCCUGUCAUUUUAUCGUAUGAUGUUCACGAAGCGCGCACAUCAAGGUGAAGUUCUCAUCACAUCCAGUCAAGCAUGCUUUGACCCACUCAACGCUUCGGGGACUUUCUCUACAGCAAGUAUGGAGCUGACGAAGCCUGAUCUCGCAGCGCUUUUAUGUGUCAAGAAAUCGUAAUUUACUUGCAUAUUCUAAUCCUAAGCUUCUUUCACUACGUCAAUAUCGUAUUCACUUCAAUAUUGCUUUUAUUCGGCAACAAUCAAUUGAGUCACUGGCAAGGUCUCACUCUCACUUCCACUACUAAUCCAGGGGGUUAGCCGAGCCCGCCAACCACACAGCCAAUCAUGUGGGCAUGCAUUUUCCAGGCACCAUUCUCUCCCAUUUAUGUUCCGAAAAUCCGGACUUUCCCAAAAGUUUUGGUCCCGGUUGGAAGUUCAAACUCCAACACACUUUUCUCUCGCUAAAUUUUCACGAUGUUUGGAGUGCCUCAGACAUGGCGUUUCCUUCUGGUGGCAGCUGUAGCGGGGGUUGCAAAAGCGCAUACGGUGAUCACGUACCCAGGAUGGAGAGGAGAUAAUCUUCAAACGAACGAUGAGUUUCCGUUUGGGAUGCAGUGGAGUUAUCCUUGCGGUGGCAUCCCACCAACAGACAACCGUACGAACUGGCCCAUAACAGGCGGCGCAAUUGCAAUCCAGCCAGGAUGGUUUCGAGGCCACAAGAAUUCCUUGAUAUAUAUCAAUCUUGGACUUGGAACUGAUGGCCCAGGCGGCGGACCACCAAACAUGUCAUUCCCCAUGACUCCAGUCUUCCAAAUCCGAGGACCGUCGGAUAAUCCGUACCCCGGGACAUUCUGCUUGCCACAAGUCCCACUACCUGAGAAUGUGAGUGUGAAGGUUGGAGAUCUUGCGACAAUCCAAGUCAUUGAGACGUUGAAACAUGGUGGUGCUUUGUACAAUUGCGUCGACAUCAUAUUCUCCGAACUGGAGGAUGUUGCCGAAGUCACCGCAUCGAACUGCUUCAACAGCACCGAUAUCGAUUUCAGCUACGUCUACUCGGUGCCUACACAACUGUGCGGCCCAGACACAAACUUGAUUGAUCGCCCAACUGCGGAUCCUGCAUCCGCGACGAAUUCUCGUGCGCAGCUGUUCGCGUCUUCGACCCCGACCGGGACCGCAACAUGUCCGCCUUGCCCUACUCAGACCCAGUGUCCAAGCACGAAUGGGAUGGGGAACUCGCUGUCGGGUAGGGCGGAGGGAAUGGGAGUUGGGUUCCCGUUGGGUGUUUUGGCAUUGGGUGCCCUGGGCUUGUAGAUCCGCUGUUUCCUGGGAAAGUGGACAUAGAGCAGUACUGUGAUUAUGUUAUUCUUCUUUUGGUACUGUUGUCGUUCUUACUCUUGUUCUCGCCAAAUUCUGGCGCUGUGCGCUGUGCGCUGCGCUUGGUCAAGUCCACUUGAUUGUCGAGAGUGGUUAUGUUUGAGCAUUGGAGUUCUCAAUAUCUCAAUGGCGCAGCUUUCGAAAACGACUUGAGAAUACAAAGACACUCUCCUAGGGUGCUAGGGAUCAUCUAGGGCUGAUUAAGCUUUGAAUGCAGUCUCUUACGAGGGUUAGCGGUACAUUUCGUGUUUUGAUAUGAAGCUUUUGUUCUGUCAUCCGACAUGAUUAUAGUAGGUCAGUAAUCGGCGGA